GCCACUUCCGCACUUGGAUGCAGCCCAAUGAAGUGAUGCAGGCAGAGUCAGCCUUUUUGGAUGGGAUUGAUCGAAAGCAUCAUGGGGACUGACGUAGGUGCAGCGAACAACUCCCUAGCUUCAAAUAUCUUCACUUUAUUGAAUGCCGAAGAUAGUAAUGUGGUAUUUUCGCCAUGGAGCAUGUUCAACGCAUUAGCAAUGACUUAUGUCGGUGCAAGGGGAAACACCGCAGCACAAAUGGCAACUGGACUUUGUCUUAAGAACAACCCCGAAGAUGAGCGUACAUUUGAUGGUGUUGCCAAAACCCUAGGAAGCCUCGAGAGUUUAGGCCCCGUUGAGUAUGCUACUGCCAACAAGAUAUGGGUACAUUCAGGGUUUGGACUUCUCUCAGAUUUUAAAAGAAUAGUAAAGAACUAUUUUGGCUCUGAGGGUGCUCUUGUUGACUAUGUUAACGAUUGUGAAGGGGCAAGGAAAGAAAUAAAUUCUUGGGUAGAAGAGCAAACAAACAACAAAAUAAAGGAACUGAUAACUCCUGGGUUGCUAAAUCAACUAACCAGGCUAGUUCUAACAAGUGCGGUGUAUUUCAAAGGCAAGUGGAUGCACGAAUUUCGUCCCCAAAGUACACAGACAAAAAGUUUUAAAGUGAGUAAAGGAAAAGCAGUUAAUGUCCAAAUGAUGUACAUGAAGGCAAAAAAGGACAUGCGAUAUUAUGAGACAGAACAAUUUCAAGUGCUGGCCCUUCCAUAUAAAGGUAGCAGGCUGACCCUCAACAUAAUUUUGCCAAAAGAUGAUGAUGGACUAAGUUCUGUACUUAAGAGUGUUCUUAAGGAUAGUUCCCAGCUACAGAAAUGCAUAUGCCCAGAAGUUUUAUUCCAACCAAUAGAGAUAAGGAUUCCUCGCUUCAAGUUUGACUUUGACAAAAAUUACAAUGAUAUUCUUGUUAAACUUGGAUUUCAAGAUAUGUUCAGUGAUGCUGUUGCUGAUUUCUCUGGAAUAAGUGCUGUGAAACCAGGUUUGAAGGUCAGUGCUGUAGUUCAAAAAGCAUUCAUUGAAGUUAAUGAGGAGGGCACAGAAGCAGCUGCUGCAACUGCUGCAAUAAUGAUGUCAAGAUGUGCGAUGCCUGUGCAAAGGCCGUUGACCUUCAAUGCAGAUCAUCCUUUCUUGUUCUUCAUUUCUGAUGUUGAGACAAAGGUUAUAUUGUUUAUGGGCAAAGUAGUAGAUCCUUCCUAAAACCUUGGCAUUUUGAAACUGAAACUCUUUAUAAUCAACUAAAACAAUUGUGAAAAGUUAUUAAUUCAAAUAUUAGGAAAUUAAAAAUUGUUUUAUACACAAUUUUUCUAAAUUAAUACACAAUUUAUAUCUGUUAAUGAAAGCAUUGUAUUUGAUUAUUUUGUUUAUGUAGCUUACACAUAAUGAGGGUACAUCACCAUCAUCAUUUUAAUGAUCUGCCUGACAAGAAUUAUGGUGAAGAGAAUGAAA